AUGUAUGUAAGCUAUAAAAAGAAUGAUGGUACACAAGUUAAAGUUCCAUUAGACAACAACUGCUACUUAAACUUAUAUGGAGACGAACAAAAGAAAUAUUUAAGAGUUUAUGAAAUGGCAGAUAUGACAUUGCCUGACCCAGCUCCGGCACCACAUUAUUAUGACUAUGGAGAUGACGACAGAACACCACAUGUAGAUGAACAAAAGCUAACAUUAUAUUUAGAUUAUUAUAGAUAUAAAAGAUAUAAUGCAAUAGAAAAAACGAGAAUAGUAUAUUAUUAUACAGAUGACAGAAAUAAAUAUUAUAGUCAAGAUUUUACCUACCCUGAAAACAUAAGAUUAUAUUAUAAAAAAUAUUCCGACACAAACCAGAAGAAACCUGAAAUAGUUGCACUAUAUUUUAAGUUCAAAAGAGACAAUCCUAUAAUAUCUCAUAUGUUUGAUUUAAUGAACCCAGUAGGUUCUAUUUAUACAUCUAUGGAUGCAAGAGGUCCUCAAGUAAUGUUUGGUGUUGGUGCAUGGGAACAAAUAGUCGACAGGUUUUUGUAUUGUGCAAACUCUUCAAAGGAAACAGGUGGAAGUAAAACGAUUUCAG